UCAAUAAUCACAAAUUUAACGAUUCAAGUGGCAUUCAUUAUGGAGCAUCGCAACAAAGCCAUUCGACGAUGCUAACAACAUUUAUGUCCUUGCCUACGACACAGGCACCGUUACAAACAACAACGAAACGUCCCUCGCCAACACCUGCCGAUUUACUUGUGACAAUAAAAGAUUUCCAUCAACCACAACAAAGCUACAAAAAUUUCAAUUUAAAUGUUCAAUCCACACCACUGCCAGUAUUUAAUCCGCAAACCAUUAAACAAUCAAUUACACCAGCAAAACAAUCAAAGCGACCGCAAAGAGUCGAAAAUUUUCUUGGCAUUGGUAACAUUUUACAACAACAACACAGCAGUGAUGUGCAAAAACUCGAUCAGAUCAUCGAUAAAUUGAAUAGAACCGGUUCAUUGGCGCGUGUCAAUGUGCAAAAUCCAACUCGUUAUGGGCCAACGACGAAGUUAACAUUACCGAAUGUUGAUCAACAAAAAGAUUCGAAAGAAUUAAAAGUGCAAUUUGUGCUUGAUUGUGGUUUGAAAGAUAUGGCUGAAACAACGCUUAACAGUCCGCAAUCAGUGUAUCAGAAAAAAGUGCCCAUUCAAUAUCCAUCGUAUUCAAGUUCAGUGUUCAAUCAACGCGUACCCACAAAAGUGCCGUCACAAAAAGGUGUUGUGUAUUAUAUUCCGCCAACAAAAUCUGUGAAAGUAACAACAACAACGGCAAAACCGCGUAUAAAGAAUGUUUAUGUAGAUCCCCCUCUCGUGUCUGAAAUCUCGGAUACAUUUGAAAAUGUAUAUAAUUAUUUUGAAAAUGCACUAACGACAAAGGUGAAGGUAAGACCAUCAGAAAAGAAAGCCAAGAAACGCCCCAUUAAACGGAGCACGGUUGGUUAUCGAAUAACGGCUCCGACAACUCCACCAAACUAUCGAUACACACAAGGCCAUGGCGGACAAAAUGGACAAAAGUUAACCACAAAGAUUCAUGUGACAAGCGAAUAUGUUGGGAAAGAGCCGUCAACUGAACGGGCACCGCAGAGUGAAGUAUCCUAUGGUUCGGUAUCAAUCAGUGAUGAAUAUGAUAGUGGGUCAUACGAUGAUGACGAUGAUGAUCGGGAUGAAUCCGAUGAUUAUUAUGAUUUUUCGCUGACUGGCGAUGACGAUGAUGACUAUGACGACGACGAUGAAAGUGAUGAAGAUGUCUAUGUGAAACCGCCACCGAAUAAAAUCAAUGUUUAUCGAUCAAAUAAAAAGAAACGAAAAAAUGUCAAACGACGAAAAUCCAAUUCGGGCUCUUCACAUCCAAUUCAGGAUUCGGAGUCCGAUGAAGACGACGAUUACGGUGGAUUGACAAUGGGAAAUAUGGGAAAGUACUUUCAAAGAACCUACGAUACACUAAGCGGUUUUGUGCCUGCUUUUCCGUCAAUCUUUGGAUCCGAUGACUAUGAAGACAACGACGAUGACGACGACGGCGACAAAGAUAAUGAGUCGAAGAAGCGGAAUCCAAAACUAAAAUAUCCUUUGUAUUCAAAAUAUCAGAACAAUAUUGAUGUUGAAGAGAAAAAGAACAAUCGAUGGUAUGAUAAGUUUUUCUUUGGCUCUGAUUCUGAAGAAACUACACCGACCUCAAUACCACACGUUAAAUUGACAACAGAACCGGGGUUUUUCAGUUGGUUAAGCGGAAGUGGUGAAGUUACCACGGAAAAAACUGUCGUUGAACAAACACAAACGGAAAAAAAUAGUUGGUUUUCGAAUUUGUUCUCAAAAGGAGAUUCGACGACCACAGUCAAGCCGGAGGCGACAACGCAAUCAACCGAUGGUAAAAAAUGGAUUGAAAUGUUAUCAGCUCAUAUGGCAACGAUGCAAACACCGUCAUCGCAAUCAUCGUCUAUGAAUCGUACAAAUGUAUUGCGACGUGUCAAAUAUGACGACUACCAAAUUUGGCGUGUCACACCAUCGACUCAAGCCCACUUGGAAUUUUUACGCGAGUCCAAAGAUACGGGAGAGUUUGAAAAUGUACGAUGGUUGAAAGGACCUGCGAUGAGAGGACCAAAUGAUAUACUUGUUCCGCCCGAAAUCAAUAAAGAAGUGCAGGAAUUGCUUGAAUACGAAUCCAUUCCGUAUGAAGUAAUCGUUUGGGACUUGGAGAAAGCCAUUAAAUAUGAAAAUCCAAUAAUGUCACGUCGUCAGAAAAUCGAAUUGGAAAAAGAGCAAGGGCAUCCGAUGACCUGGUAUCGAUAUCACAAUUUUGAAGACAUUGCCAUUUAUUUAGACUAUCUUCAAUUGACAUAUCCAGAUUUGGUUGAAUUAAUUCAUAUCGGACGUUCAUUUGAAGGCAGACCGCUUAUGGUGGUGAAGAUUUCAUUUGAUGCAACGGAAUCCGAAAUGAUGGCAGAAAAUGCAAAGAAGAACAAACCAAAGCUAAAGACACGGAGAAAGAAAAAGGUGAUUCGGCCGGGUGUAUUCAUCGAAGCCGGUGUACAUGGUCGCGAAUGGAUUUCGCCGGCUGUGGCUUCGUGGAUAAUCAAGGAAUUGGUCAAAUACAAUAACACCGAAGAUGGCAAUACGGAAAAAGAAAUUCUUCGAUCAGUGGAUUGGUACAUAAUGCCGGUUUCAAAUCCGGAUGGCUACGAAUAUAGUUUAAACUAUGAUCGAAUGUGGCGAAAGACACGAUCCAAACUUCCUGAAGCUGGUUCCGUACUCAAUUUAGCAUUGAAAUGGCUAAAGCGUGAUCCAUCAAUUGAAGCUGCGGAUUGUUAUGGCACCGAUCCCGAUAGAAAUUACAAUACCGAUUGGCAAAUGUACGGCAGUUCAUCUGUUUGCAGUGAGUUUUAUGUAGGCCCGAAAGCACUUUCAGAACCAGAAACAAAAGCUCUGGCAUCAUUUUUAGAGGAAAACAAAAAGUCGUUAAGUUUAUUUAUUUCGUUGCAAUCGUAUGGACAAUACAUAACCUAUCCAUCGACACAAAAUUCACGAUAUGAUGCAUCGCAGCGGUCAAAUGAUUUGCGCGAUAUGGCCGAGGUGGCUGUGAAUGCGCUACGUGAUUUUGCGUCCUCCGGUCGAUACACAGUUGAUAACACAAAUGAAAUGAGCGACUUGAAAUCGGGCACAUCUGCCGAUUAUGCAAUGCAUAAAAUCGGAAUAAAAUACAGCUACACAAUUGAGCUAAGAGAUACUGGUACACAAGGGUAUCUAUUAUCGCCAUCAUACAUCGAUACAACUGGGCUUGAAACAUAUGAAAUGAUCAAAGCAAUGGUCGAUUAUCUUUAAGUCUUACCAAAUCGUUUUAU